AUGCCUGCUGAAAAGGAUAUGCCCACUAUCGAGACGGUGGAAACCGCAGUCGCAGACCGAGAAUAUGAAACUGUGAAGGAUAUCCUUAACGACGUUCACGAUGAGAACGUUGAAAUCUUUAGACAGCUAGACCCUCCAGUAACGGAAGAAGAGCAUAGAAAACUUCUGCGGAAGAUAGAUCUUCGUCUACCCCCGUUUCUAUUCUUCCUAUAUAUAUUUUGUUGGCUUGAUAGAGCCAAUCUUGGUAAUAUGUAUUUGAUGGAUUUCAAGCAAGAUAUUGGUUUGACUUCCAGCGCUGCUUCUUUGGCUGUGGCCAUUAUUUAUAUUGGUACCUUUACUGGUGAUAUGUUCACCAAUCUUGGCAUGAGAUACUUUCCUCCUAGUAAGUGGGUCUCUGGUGCUAUGAUUAUCUGGGCAUCAAUCACCCUGUUGAUGGCUGCUGUCACAAAUCCUGCAGGCAUUUACGCUGCUAGAUUAUUUCUUGGUAUCUUUGAAGCCGCUUUUACAUCUGGAGCCCCUUAUAUUUUCACUUUCUGGUUUACUAGAAAAGAAUGGGGUCGCAGAAUCUCCCUUUACUUUGCUGCCACUCCAACAGCUGGUGCCUUCGGUGGAUGGAUCGCAUAUGGAAUCCAAUAUAUUGAGACUGACCGUCUCAAGAACUGGCAAAUCCUUCUUAUCCUAGAAGGGUCUUUGACAUUGAUUAUGGCAGUCGUCUCACUUUAUAUGCUCCCUGAUAGACCCCAUAACACUAAAUGGUUAACUCCUAGAGAGCGAGAAGUUGCUGAGUGGAGAAUGUUGAAGGAUGGCAAUAAGACCCAUGGUCACUUCGGGUUCAGAGACAUCCUACAAGGAUUCAAAGAUUGGAGACUUAUGGCUGGUAUUGUAGUAUUCAUGACUCAGAAUCUUUCGAUGUACACGGUGACAACUUUCACACCUACCAUUGUCAACUCAUUCGGAUACACUACUGCUAGAUCUCAGCUUAUGACCGCUCCUCCUUACUGCGUGGGUAUUGUCCUUGUAUUUGUUGUGGCACAUAUCUCCGAUAGAUUGCAGCGAAGGGCGUCUCUAUAUAUUAUCAAUACUGCGGUUGUCCUUGUUGGAUAUCUGAUGCUUGCAGUGAUUGACGUCGAGAACACCAGUGCUAGAUAUGGAGCUCUUUUCUUGAUUAUUCCCGGACUCGUUAGUGGUGUAGUUCUGUCUAUUGGUAAUAUCACUGAUAAUUGCUGUGGUGAUUUAAAGAAGGCUAUUGCUACUGGUCUAUUCCAGGCUAUGGGUUCGUUUAUGGGUAUUGCCAGUGGAUAUAUGCUGCCUGCUACUGCUGCCCCUAAAUACACUAUCGGCUUCUGGGCUCUUUUUGCAGUCACUCUCUUUGGAGGUCUUGUGGCUCUUUUCCAGGCUAUCUAUUACACUCGUGUCAAUGCUGAGAGGGAUAGAAAAUAUUCAUAUUUGAGUCCCGGUGCAGCAAAAGGUUGCGAUUAUGCAGGAUUACGGUCCCCACAUUUGAUUGAUAACAGAACAGCAGCAGCUCAUGUCAGUUCAUUGAAGUUAACAUUCUGGCUGCCGUCGGGGACUUUGAGAAUUCAACAUAUUUCCACAAUUAUUUUGCUACCUCAGCUCAUUGUUUUUGCCGGACUCUGUCUAGUUGUCGUUGUUGUUGUGAAUAGCUGGCGCCAGGUAUUCUCCUUUUUCUUGCGGCUGUUCAUAUCAGAACCACUAAGUUCAUCAGCAGCAGCGGGUGCCGAGCGGCCUGGAGGUGGAGCAGGCUAUAGACGAAAUCAGACAAGGAGCUCUGACCGAUUAUUUCUGGAACAGGGACCGGAAUUUUAUAGUACAGCUCGAGAAUUGCGAGCAUUCGAUUCACUCAGUAAUAGACGGGAUCGACUAUCCCAGAAUACAAGUACUAGAAACCUCAAUUCUUCAAGACCCAGAGAUACGUCUUUACUACAAGCAGAAGUUAAUCAACUAUCCGAGUCUGAACCAGGGUCGGAACAAUCAGUAUCGAGAAGAUUGGAUAGAGUUGCUCAGCUUUUGAACAGAGACGGCCAUCGGGGUAGUCAAACUCCGAGAAGCGGCUCUGGAAGCACGUCUCCGGAAUAUCUCGAGUAUCUUCUGACUCUUAUUCAUACAUCACGAUCAUCUGCUACUUCACGGGAAGUUACCGACCUUACCACCUUAUUUGAGACAUUCCUUUCAUCAAUAAACUGGGAUCAAGAGUCAGCACUCAUUACUGAACAAGCUAGACAGUUUCUUUUCAAACCGGUUGCACAACUGCUAGUAGAACGUAGCGUACAUAUCUCCACUAUUCGGGUGGGCCCAGUAUCUUUUGUUCACGAUCGCUAUCUUUUAUUCAAUCUUCCAUACGACCGAUUAUCUACGGCCCAAAAAGAGUGUGAAAUAGUAGCUGAAUUAAGCCGGUUACUGCAUUUCCGUAUUGUGGAACGGCGACUAUCAGUUAGGCCUGGAAAUUUAACAGAAAGGGGGACUUUUGAUUUAACAUCUCCUCUUUUGUCAUCUGAUUCAUCUUCCUCAUUAUCAUCAUCUUCAGAGCAACAAGAAGGAACUGACUCCGGUGUUUCAUACCCGUCUGCUCUAGGACUUCGUGCAUUUUUCACUGAAUUAGAAGCCCGAGCUGUUGCAAGAUCUCAGAUCUUGGGCAUGCAACCUGGAAGAAACCAGCAGAGAGAACAGGCAGAGGCACAGAUACAAGCGCAUAUUCAAGCACAAAUCCGAGCUCAAUUGAGAAGACGGGAACAACCUGACACACGUACCACGGCUGCACCAGGAUCACUGGAAGCAACUGCUCUAAGAUUUUUGGCAGACCAAACUGUUCCUAGUUUACUUUCACAAGAAGAGGCCACACAGCAAUCGGAAUCAACAUCGUCUUCCACAUCAAGAGUACCCCAACCAUUGCUACCUUUACCAGUCGCAUCUUCUAUCAUUGGACCAGGAGCACCACAGGUUAUAAUUGAAUUACCAAGGCGAAAUUCGGGUCGAAACGAACAAACCACUACAUCAACAAGUUCACUAGCAGCGAACUCUCGUUUGUCAAUGGAAAAUCCCACAAUGGCUCCACCUACUCCAAGAAAGGAAUACUCCAAAGAGCAAUGGGAAGCUAGAUUAGCUGAGACUUCUAUCUCAAAGUCCGAUUUGAAUUAUAUGAUUUUGAACUAUCUCGUAGUGGAAGGAUACCAAUCAGCUGCCAUGAAAUUUGCCCAAGAAGCGGGAUUAUUAUCUUCAAAUCAAUCAAUACUGAAUGGAUCAAUCAAAGAUCGAAUGACCAUCAAAUCACUUAUACAUUCCGGUAAAAUCCAAGAUGCGAUUGAAAAAAUCAAUGACACUGAUCCCGAGCUACUCGAUACCAACACGGCGUUGCACUUUUCUUUACUUCGCCUUCAGUUGAUUGAGCUUAUUCGACACAGUUAUAAAUCGAAAUCUGAUGAUAGCAUUCAGCCAGCGCUUGACUUUGCAGCCUCUCAUUUGGCAGCUCGAGCACCAUCUAACCCUCAAUUCCUGCAAGAUCUGGAACGGACUAUGGCGCUCCUCUGUUUCCCACCGGAUAACCUAAUUCCACAAUUGAAAGAACUAAUGGAUAUCAAACUACGAAUCAAGAUUGCCGAAGAUGUGAACAACGUUCUCCUGGAGAGACAGGGCAUGGGGGGCGAUUCGAAAAUCAAGUCCCUUGUCAAACUGUGGAGCUGGGCUAGUGAGACUCUCGCAGAGCGUAAAGUAGACAUCCCUCCUCUUACAAAGUCUGACCUUUUCUAA